CUGGUUAUACAACUCCUCUUACUCUUUUGAGUCUGAUUUUGAUCUCACCAAGUCUUUGGGAGUUCACACUUUGAUUGAAAAUGUUGGAAGCUUUGUGAGUGGAGAUGUGGGGAAUACCCCAGGCUUUAAAGAGCCAGAGGACAGCAUGUCUACAAGUCCCCAGGCUUCCAUCAUUGCAAUGGAACAGCAACAGUUGAGGGCAGAACUUCGUUUGGAGGCACUUCACCAAAUCCUUGUUCUGUUGUCCGGAAUGGAGGAAAAAGGUAGCCUGUCGCUGGCAGGAAGCAGAUUGAGUUCAGGCUUUCAGUCCUCCACAUUGCUCACAUCUGUGAGACUGCAGUUCCUUGCAGGGUGUUUUGGUUUAGGCACUGUUGGACACACUGUUGGAGCCAAAGGAGAGAGUGGCCGCUUACAUCACUAUCAGGAUGGAAUCAGAGCAGCCAAGAGAAGUAUUCAGAUUGAAAUCCAAGUGGCUGUGCACAAGAUUUACCAACAGUUGUCUGCUACUCUGGAACGAGCUCUGCAAGCAAAUAAACAUCACAUUGAAGCCCAGCAGCGUCUCCUUUUGGUUACAGUUUUUGCCUUGAGUGUUCAUUAUCAACCAGUGGAUGUCUCCUUGGCAAUUUCUACUGGUCUUCUAAAUGUCCUGUCCCAGUUAUGUGGCACGGACACCAUGUUAGGACAACCCUUGCAAUUGUUGCCAAAGAGUGGUGUUUCCCAGCUGAGCACAGCACUGAAAGUGGCUAGUACCAGGCUACUUCAGAUUCUAGCUAUCACUACAGGGACCUAUGCUGACAAACUGAGCCCCAAGGUAGUUCAGUCUUUGUUGGAUCUACUCUGUAGUCAGCUGAAGAAUUUGUUAUCCCAAACUGGUGUACUUCUUAUGGCCUUGUUUGGAGAAGGUGAAAAAGAAGAGGGUGAAGAAGAAAAAAAAAAAAGUUGACUCCAGUGGAGAAAUUGAGAAGAAAGAUUUCAGAGCUGCUCUUAGGAAACAACAUGCAGCCGAAUUGCAUCUCGGGGAUUUUUUAGUUUUUCUUCGCAGAGUUGUGUCUUCAAAAGCAAUUCAAUCAAAAAUGGCUUCCCCAAAGUGGACAGAGGUGCUUCUAAAUAUAGCAUCUCAGAAGUGUUCCUCAGGUAUUCCUCUAGUUGGGAACUUAAGAACAAGACUCCUUGCGUUGCAUGUCCUUGAAGCUGUGUUGCCGGCUUGUGAAUCUGGUGUGGAAGAUGACCAAAUGGCCCAGGUUGUGGAAUGCUUAUUUUCCCUUCUAUCAGACUGUAUGUGGGAUACUCCCAUUGCUCAGGCCAAACAUGCUAUUCAGAUAAAGGAAAAAGAACAAGAAAUAAAAUCACAGAAGCAAGGAGAGUUGGAAGAAGAAGAUGAAAACCUUCCUAUACAAGAAGUAUCUUUUGAUCCAGAGAAAGCUCAGUGUUGCCUAGUGGAGAAUGGACAGGUUUUAACUCAUGGCAGUGGAGGAAAAGGCUAUGGAUUAGCAUCAACAGGAAUAACCUCUGGAUGCUAUCAGUGGAAGUUUUACAUUGUGAAGGAAAACAGAGGCAACGAAGGCACAUGCGUUGGAGUUUCUCGCUGGCCAGUCCAUGACUUUAACCACCGUACCACCUCGGAUAUGUGGCUCUAUCGGGCCUACAGUGGCAAUCUCUAUCACAAUGGAGAACAGACUCUGACAUUGUCCAGCUUUACUCAGGGGGAUUUCAUUACUUGUGUGUUAGACAUGGAAGCCAGGACCAUUUCGUUUGGGAAAAAUGGAGAGGAACCCAAAUUAGCUUUUGAAGAUGUAGAUGCAGCAGAGUUGUACCCGUGUGUAAUGUUCUACAGCAGCAACCCAGGAGAGAAGGUACUGAAACUUCACACUUUUUUUUUUUCUUUUUCCCAUCUGCUAAAAGUGUACAGAGUAAAAACACAGAUGCCGUGA